AUGAACAACAUACUCGCUCUCGCGAGCACGACGCUCCUCGGCGACAGGAGCGCCUCCACGGAGGACCUAGAACGCCGCAUUCCAGGUUUCUCGAUGCUGCAGGACUUCUUUAAGCGAUGGCUGCGCGUCGAUCUCACGACUCUACUCACCGCCGCUGCACUGAUGGGCGCGGCCUCCUCGGGCGCUCAGAGCAUACAAGAGACCGGUUCCAAGGUGUACUGGUGGUUCGUCCGCUUCCUGACGGCAUCGAUCUCGAUUGCCGGUAAUGACCGGCUCAACCGCGAAGUGCUCAACUGGCUGGGUGCCCAUGUUCUCCUGAAGAAGGGCACACGUAUAUUAACCGCCAACUCCGAGUCGAUCCGAAACGAUGCCUGGUCGUACCGCCGCGUAUCACAAGAGCGCAACGACUACCAUCAUGAAAAGCGCAUGCCCGUGCAGUACCUGCCCACCUUUGGCACCACCUGGUUCCUACACCGCCGCAACAUGUUUAUGGUGCGCCGCAUUCUCACCAGCAGUUCGCAUUACAACAGCUCGUGGGCCCGCAUGCCAGACGAAUAUUCGGGUGCCCCUGAGGGCGACGAGCCCCUUGUCAUUAUGUGUUUGGGCCGGUCUGUUGAGCCGAUCAAGCAAUUUCUACAUACCUGCCGCGAGUUUGCCGACAAGCAGCGCGAGGCGUACAUUACGGUACGAAUCAGCAAGCGCUCGUACGAUGAGACUUGGGACACAACAAUUUUGCGCCCGCUGCGACCACUUGAGACGGUCCAUUUUGACGAGAAGGUCAAGGAGGAGCUGGUGGCUGACAUCGAGAACUACCUGGACGUUAACACCCGCAAGUUCUACAACCGCCGUGGCAUUCCAUACCGCCGUGGCUUCCUGAUGCAUGGGCCACCCGGCACUGGCAAGACGUCACUCUCGCUCGCACUCGCCGGGCGCUUUGGACUCGAGCUGUAUUUGUUGCACAUGCCCAGUGUGCGCGACGAUUCUGUGCUUGAAAAGCUUUUUACCGCCCUCCCGCCACGCUGUCUCGUGCUUCUCGAAGAUAUCGACGCAGUUGGCAUCAAGCGCCGCACCCGCCGUCACGGCGACAGCAGUGAUGACGACAGUGACAACGGAUCCGAUAAGAGUGACGACUCCGACGACCUGGAUCGUGGCCGCUCGAGCUGCACUCUCUCCGGGCUUCUCAACGUCAUCGAUGGUGUUGCUUCGCAGGAAGGCCGCAUCGUGCUGAUGACCUCCAACUUCGCGGAGAAACUGGACAAGGCGCUCGUCCGGCCGGGGCGUGUCGACAAGAUGCUCUACCUCGGCCAUAUCUCGCCGCGCAGUAGCGAGCUGAUGUUCCUGCGCAUGUUCGGCCCUGACGCCGAUGGUGCCGCGCCCGCCGAUCGCAGCAUCCAGGUGCCACAAGACGAACUGGAACGCCUCGCCCUCGAGUUCAGCAAGCACAUCCCACCCGAUGUCUUCACUCCCGCCCAGAUCCAGGGUUAUCUCCUCAACUACCGUGACUCGCCAGUUAACGCCUCGGCGAGUGUCGCCUCGUGGGUGCAAGAAGAGCUGAAGCUGAUUGAAGCGGCCAAGGAGAAAGAGCGCAAGGCAGCGGAAGCGAAGAAGAAGAAGAGAAAGGAGAGGAAGAAGAAGAAGGCGGCCAAGCUGGCGGAGGCCAUGCGUGAUUAUGAUUCGAGUGAGGACUUGGAGGAGCUGCAACAAAAGAUUAGGGUGGAGAAGAGGAGGAGGCGAAAGUCGGCCGCACAGGAAUCAGCGGCCGACGCUGCUGCGUCAGAAGGAGGUGAUGAAUCCGGGGAGGAGAAGAAGAAGAAGCCGACGAAGGGGCGGAAGAAGGUCGAGAAGGAGGAAUCGAAGGCAGAGAAGGAAGUCGAGAAUGUUAACGGGAAAGGCGGGCCCGCGGGCGACGUGGCCACGGAGACGCCGGCGGAGAAGCAAAAGGAGGAUAACAAGGAGGUGGUUUCGGAAGUGAAGGGCGAGGUGAUAGUGCAGGUCCGGGCUGUGAGCGAGGCUGAGAUAACCCCUGAGACCAGCCCGACAGAGGCUAACGGCGUCGAUGUUAAUGGGUUAAAUGGCCAUUGA